UUAUAAACACAUUAAUUUUUUUACAUUUUAUCAGUAAAAAAAAAUAGUAAAAAUAAAUUUUACAUCGGUACAAAUACAGUACUUAUCUUACUAGUUACUUGUACAUGCCUAACAUUAUGGUGAAAUUUGUACAUCUAUGAAUAAGCUGUGCAAAGUUAAGUUUGGGUGGCAAAGCUUAUUCAUCAACCAUGUUUCAUCCUCCAAUUUUCACUCUCGGUGGCGCCACCCAUCUUCCUUUCUUUACUCCACCACAUCCAAUUGCUCACAACCACCACUUGAUGCCCUUCAUGGCCACUACUUCAAAAACGCUUCUCUUCAAAAUACAAACUUGGCUAACUAUCUUUUAUCUCUCUAUGUCAAAUCCAGCAACAUGAACUAUGCACAUAAGCUGUUUGAUGAAAUUCUCCACAAAGAUGCUCAAACAUGGACUGUCCUUAUAUCAGGUUUUGCUAGAGCAGGCUCUUCAGAGAUGGUCUUUAGCCUUUUCAGAGAAAUGCAAGCAAAGGGUGCUUGUCCAAAUCACUAUACUUUGUCUAGUGUUUUCAAGUGUUGUUCAGGUGAAAACAAUCUUCAAUUGGGUAAAGGGAUCCAUGCAUGGAUUCUCAGGAAUGGGGUCGAUGGAGAUAUUGUGCUGGAGAAUUCUAUUCUUGAUCUUUACUUGAAAUGCAAGGCCUUUGAAUAUGCUGAAUGUUUUUUUGAGUUGAUGGUUGAGAAAGACGUUGUGUCGUGGAAUAUAAUGAUGGGUGCGUAUCUCCGUGAAGGAGAUGUGGAGAAGUCUCUUGACAUGUUUAGGAACUUUCCUUACAAGGAUGUUGUGAGUUGGAAUACUAUCAUAGAUGGGUUGAUGCAAUGUGGUUAUGAAAGAUUAGCUUUGGAACAGCUCUAUUCUAUGGUGAAGCAAGGGACUGAAUUCUCUGCAGUCACUUUCUCCAUAGCUCUUAUUUUGGCUUCCUCUUUAUCACUUGUUGAGAUUGGGAGACAAAUUCAUGGGAGGGUCUUAAAAUUUGGCCUCAAUAGUGACGGCUUUAUAAGGAGUUCACUUGUGGAAAUGUAUGGCAAGUGUGGGAGAAUGGAUAAGGCAUCUACAAUUCUCAAAGAUGUACCUCUGAAUUUUUUGAGAAAAGGGAAUUUUGGAGUUACGUGCAAGGAACCUAAGGCAGGAAUAGUUUCAUGGAGUUCAAUGGUUUCCGGUUAUGUUUGGAACGGAAAGUACGAAGAUGGUAUUAAAACUUUCAGGUCAAUGAUUCGAGAAUUAAUUGUAGUGGAUAUUCGAACUGUUGUAACCAUUAUUUCUACCUGUGCCAAUGCUGGAGCUUUGGAGUUUGGUAAGCAGAUUCAUGCCUACAUUCAAAAAAUUGGGCAUAGAGUGGAUGCUUAUGUUGGUUCGUCGUUAAUUGAUAUGUAUUCUAAAUCCGGUAGCUUGGAUGAUGCUCGGAUGAUUUUCAGACAAAUCAAUGAACCAAAUGUUGUCUUGUGGACUUCAAUGAUUUCUGGUUGUGCUCUAGAUGGUCAAGGAAGGGAAGCAAUUAGUCUUUUUGAAGGAAUGUUGAAACAGGGUAUCAUCCCAAAUGAAGUUACUUUUGUAGGGGUUUUAAAUGCAUGCAGCCAUGUAGGCCUUAUAGAAGAAGGACAUGGUUAUUUUAGGAUGAUGAAAGAUACUUAUCACAUCAACCCUGAAGUUGAACACUACACCUCUAUGGUCAAUCUUUAUGGUAGAGCAGGUCACUUGAUUGAUGCAAAAAACUUUAUCUUUGAAAAUGGUAUCUCUCACUUGACAUCUGUAUGGACAUCAUUUUUAUCUUCGUGCCGACUUCAUAAAAAUAUUGAGAUGGGAAAAUUGGUUUCCGAAAUGCUACUUCAAAGUGCGCCGUCUGAUCCAGAUGCAUACAUUUUGCUAUCAAACAUGUGUUCUUCUAAUCAUCGAUGGGAUGAGGCUGCUACAGUAAGGAGUUUAAUGCAUCAAAGAGGUGUCAAAAAGCAACCUGGUCAAUCUUGGAUUCAGCUAAAGGAUCAAAUCCACACUUUUGUAGUGGGAGAUAGGUCUCAUCCACAAGACAAAGAAAUAUAUUCUUAUCUUGACUCUUUAAUAGGAAGAUUGAAGGAAAUUGGAUAUUCCUUUGAUGCAAAAUUGGUCAUGCAGGAUGUAGAAGAAGAACAAAGGGAAGUACUCAUUAGUCAUCACAGUGAAAAACUUGCACUUGUCUUUGGUAUCAUUAAUACUUCACAUAGGACUCCGAUUCGAAUCAUGAAGAACAUCCGAAUUUGUAUCGAUUGCCAUAACUUCAUCAAGUAUGCAUCUCAACUUCUAGAACGUGAAGUAAUUGUCAGAGAUACACAUAGGUUCCAUCAUUUUAAGCAGGGUAGUUGCUCUUGUGGAGACUAUUGGUAACAAGAGGUAAAAAUGUAUCUACAUCAUAGUUUACCAAUUUUUAAAAAAUAAAGGUGUUCACUUUUGUUUUAGAAUAUUGAAUUGGAUAGCAGCAUAAUUAAAGCACGAAGAAGUGCAUGUAAAAACAGUAAAAGUAAAAUAUGUUAAAGCACCUUCUAGAUUAUAACUUAAUUACUCAACUUUGCAGGCACAAACUUAUAGAAGAUGUCCAAAGCAUAAAAAAUGGAUCCUAUUGGAUUAAAAACUUUUGGUGUAAAAAGUUAAUUUUAAUAAGUUUUUUAUUGGAUUCAGCUAAAAGUUUUUGUUGUCUAUGCCUACAAGAUUGCAAGUUGAAACUUAUAACCUAUAUUAUACUGUCUUACGUUUGUAUAUUCUGACACAGGAGUGAGUACUUACCUAAUUGUCUUGAUUCUUGAUGCUUAAGGGCGUGUGCAUCAAGGAUGUUCUGGCACAAGUUUUUUUAAUUUGUAGCCCUUCUAUUAUUCCCUCGUAGAGUGCUCAGUAGCUUUAGUUGUUAAGCAUUAUUUAAAUCAUCAUUUGUUCUUUAAAAUUGUAAGUGUCUUAUAAGUCUAGGAAAUACUCUCU